AUGGAUACAAACGAAGGAGAACAUGAAACCAGCUUUUUAAAGUCUGAAGCAAAAAAGAAUGCUGAUAAUACUGAUCGUCAAAUAAAAAAAUUCAAUCAUGAUGGAAUGACUGAAUCUCCAAGAAAGACUAAAUUGCAAAGUAUUAAAAAAUGGUUUACCAAUAUGGAUAAUCUCUUUGUAACAUUCACAGUUAUCGCUGUCAUUAUGGGUAUGACAAUGGGAUUGAUCAUUAAAAUUUAUGUCUCACCAUCACCAAGAACUAUUUAUCUUAUAUCAUUCCCUGGAGAAUUAUUAAUGAAUAUGCUGAAAAUGUUGAUUAUCCCGCUGAUUGUCUCCAGUUUAGUAUCAGGCCUGGCUGGUUUGGAUCCAAAGUCAAGUGGAAAAAUUGGAUCAUAUGCAUUAAUUUACUAUGUAGUGACAACAAUGCUUGCUGUUAUCUUGGGUAUCGGUUUGGUGCUGUGCAUUCAUCCAGGGGAUACAUCAAUUAAAGAAGAAAUUGGUGAAGGGACAAUAGCAGAGAGAAGACCUGAGACAUUGGACUCUUUAUUGGAUUUAUUGAGAAAUCUAUUUCCGGAGAAUAUUGUCCAAGCAACUUUACAACAACAACAAAGUGUUUAUGUCACAGUUGUUAAACGUCCAAAUACAAAUGUUUUAGGUUUGGUAUCAUUUUCAAUUAUUUUCGGUAUAAUACUUGGUCAAAUGGGUGAUAAAGCUGUGACAAUGGUACAAUUCUUUUCUAUUCUUAAUGAAGUUGUCAUGAGAAUGGUACAAGUUAUAAUGCUCUAUUCACCCUUUGGGAUAUUCUUUUUAAUUUUGGGUAAAAUGUUGGAAAUUGAAAAUCUACGUGAUACAGCUAGAGCAUUAGGCUUGUAUAUGAUAACUGUGGUGAGUGGAUUGGCUAUCCAUUUACUCGGAACACUGGCAUUGCUCUACUUUUUAGCCACUCGAAAAAAUCCCUACAUAUUUUACAAAGGAUUAUUCCAAGCAUGGAUUACAGCUUUGGGGACUGCUUCAAGUGCAGCCACCCUACCGAUUACAUUUCGUUGUCUUGAACAAAAUCUUGGCAUUGAUAAACGUGUAACUCGAUUUGUCUUACCGAUUGGAGCAACAAUCAAUAUGGAUGGAACUGCAUUGUAUGAAGCUGUUGCUUCAAUAUUUAUAGCACAAAUAAAUGGAAAAUAUUUGACCAUUAUUGAAGUUUUCAUUGUAAGUUUGACAGCAACAUUAGCAGCAAUAGGCGCAGCAAGUGUUCCAAGCGCUGGUUUAGUCACUAUGAUGUUAGUUUUGACAUCGGUUGGAUUGCCUACAAAAGAUAUUUCAUUGAUACUUGCUGUUGAUUGGUUACUCGAUCGAAUUCGUACAUCAAUCAAUGUCAUGGGUGAUGCAGUUGGAGCUGGUAUAGUAAAUUUCCUGUGUCAAAAAGAACUGGCACAAAAUGAUGCAGAGAUAGAAAAAGAAAUUGAUGAAGUUGUUGAAGGGUAUACACGUGAAUUGUCCGCUACUGGAACAGAUCGUGAAAAACGCAACUCCACUGGUACACGUCAUAGUAAGAAACGUAUGAGUUUAGCUGCAGCAAUGCGUUUACAAGAGAAUGCAUCUCCACUGGGUACUGUCAUGACAACACAACCCCCAUUUGCUGAUCCAGAAUCACCAACGUAUAAAAGUCAACCAUCGACAACAAUUCAUCCAAUUGAUGAAACUAGAAAAUAG